AUGACCCUCAAGAGGCCUUCGGGAGCGUCUUUGAAGCGCUUUACCGCCUUUUUCCAGCUUCUUUUCUACGCCAACCCCACAUGGCUGGACAGAUUCCUCGUCAUCGUAGGCGCAAUUGCUGCCACGGCAGCUGGCGUCCCAUUUCCUCUCGUCGGAAUCAUAUUUGGUCAGCUCAUCGACAACCUCAACAGCGCCACAUGCGAUAGCGGCGCCGAGACAGGCUCGACUGGGGACCUACAAUCGUCAAUCGAUUCCAAAGUCCUGAUCCUCUUUUACCUCUCUGUGGCUACCUUUGCUUGCAUCUACACCCAUUGUGUAUGCUGGAGCAUUGCCUCACAACGACUCGGCCAGCGCAUCCGGGACCACUACCUCAAAAGCAUACUAGGGCAGGAUAUCGAAUUUUUCGACAGUUUGCAAGCAGGAGAAGUUUCUUCGCGGCUCAAUGGGGACAUUCAGGCUAUCGAAAGUGGAACUUCUGAGAAAGUCGGUGUCUUCCUUACAUGCAUUACAUUCUGCAUCACCGCUUAUGUAAUUGCUUUCAUCAAGGAUGCCAAACUGGCCGGCAUGCUUAUUUCCCUCAUACCCGCAUUCCUUCUCAUGACGCUCGUAGGAGGAUACUUCACGCAAAAAUAUUCGGGCAAGGUUUCUGACGCAUUUGGAAAAGCGAGUGCCAUUGCGUCCGAGGCGCUCAGCCACGUGGGUCUCAUACAUGCGCUCGGAGCACAAAACCGUCUGGAAGGGAAAUAUCGGGGGUACCUCGAGGAGGCGAAAAAGGAAGGAACCAGCAAAGCAACAGCAUCUGCAAUCCAAGCCGGAACGUUGUACUUCAUUGCUUUCGCAGCAAACGCACUAGCAUACUGGCAGGGAAGUAGGAAGAUUGCUGCUUCUGUUGAAUCAGGCGGGACUCAAGGGUCCUCUGCCGGUGCGAUUUAUACAGUCAUAUUCAUCCUUGUCGACGGUGCCAUCGUUCUAAGUCAGGUUGCUCCAUUACUGCCAAUAUUCGGUGGUGCAGUGUCAGCGUUCGAACGGCUCCGAAAAGAUAUUGAGCAUCAGCCAGCUAUAGCGGGGACCUCGGAUGCAGGUCAAAAACCCGACAAUGUUCAAGGAGACGUCGAAUUUCGCAACGUCUCCUUCACAUACCCAUCAAGGCCCGAACACCCUGUGCUUAAUGAUGUCUCGUUCCAGUGCGAGGCCAGGAAGCUUACUGCUAUUGUUGGACUUUCGGGAAGUGGCAAAUCCACCAUUGCAUCGCUCCUUACUCGCUUCUACGAUCCGCACAACGGCGCAGUUAUGCUCGACGGUAUGGAUGUCAAAAACCUAAAUGUGAAGGCACUACGAGGCAACAUCAGUCUCGUACCGCAAGAGCCAUCUCUUCUCGAUCGGUCAAUACUGGAAAACAUCGCUCUUGGUCUUGUGAACUCCACGACGCAUGCGCAUCUGCACAAGACUCUACUCUCUGGUGCCUUACAGCAGGUUGCUGAUGGUACCAGGAAUGGCCAACAACUUUCCACAUGUGUGGAGGCCGCUGGUCCUGAGGUUUCCGAGAUCUUCCGUCUGGUGCAAGAUGCAGCUGGUCUGGCUGAUGUCAUGGGGUUCAUAGACCGUCUAGAGCACGGUCUUGCAACCUCUGUGGGCUCUAGCGGAAGUCUCAUCAGCGGUGGACAGAAACAAAGAAUCGCGUUGGCGCGAGCUCUCGUCCGGAACCCGAAGAUUCUGCUUUUGGAUGAGGCUACAGCGGCACUAGAUUCGGCCAGCGAGAAAAGGAUCCAAGCCUCUAUCGAAAAAGCUUCGGAAGGCCGGACGGUCAUUGCCAUCGCGCAUCGUCUUUCAACGAUCAGAGCAGCCAGCAAGAUCGUGGUCAUGAGGAAGGGAGAGAUCCUUGAGCAAGGCACGCAUGACGAGCUUAUCGAACGGAACGGAUCCUACGCCGAUAUGGUCAAGUUACAGUCGGUCAAACCUGCGGACGAUACUGGGAGCUCCCGGUCUAGCCUGAUGGAGGAGGAUCCAGAUGCAAUUGAACAGCCAAAGGAAGCGACCAUUACCGAGAAGAAGGAAUCCGAAAAGGCACCUGGGGCAGAAAAGGCUAAAGAACCAGAAGACGCUGCCAUUGUGAGCCACACCCUAUUCAAGACGAUGGGACCUCUUCUCCGGCCGUACACUCUGCUCCUCAUUCUAGCAUUCUUUGCGGCCACCAUCGUUGGCGGAACCUAUACAUCAAGUGGUGCAGUCUUCGGAAACACGCUUGGCGCUUUUUCUCCCUGUCACACUGCCGAUUACAUACGCUCGAAGGGUCUGCUAUACUCUGGAUUGUACUUCAUGAUCGCCUGCAUUGAGUUCUUUGCAUACUUUGGCAGCUGGUUCUUCUUCGGCCUGGUUGCUGAGCGCCUACUCUAUAAGGUGCGGGCUCUGUCGCUGCACUCCUUGUUGCAACAGCCAUUACAAUGGCACGAAUCCAGUAAUCGGAGUCCGACGAAGUUGCUUGGCUACAUCACUAAUGAUGGCAACUCUCUUGCUGGUCUUAGCGGAUCUAUCAUUGGCACGUUAUUCUCCGUUUGCGUCAACUUCAUAGCGGCUAUCGUCGCAGCGCACAUUGUUGCGUGGCGCAUUGCUAUCGUAUGCUUGGCCAUUGUACCUAUUCUCCUGGGAGCGGGCUUUAUGCAACUUCGAGCUCUUACACGAUAUGCCGAGAAGCAUGCCGGAGCCUUCUCCGACUCGGUGAGCGUCACAGUGGAGGCUGUUACCAACAUUCGAACCAUUGCGGCGCUGUCCCUAGAAGACGAGAUCUUGAUCACAUACCGUCGUUCGCUGCAAGGGCCACGUAAAGAGAUGGUCCUGCAAUCUUUCAAGACCAACUUCUGGCUAGCCAUCGCCAACUCUAUCAGUAGCUCCCUAUAUGCCUUCGCGUACUGGUGGGGAUCAAAAAACAUUCUCGAAGGCAGAUACUCGCAAGCUCAGUUCUUCUUUAUCAACGUGGCGAUGCUUGUGUCCGCCCAGCUGUGGGGUCAGCUUUUCACACUUGCGCCUGAGAUUGCGCGAGCGAGGAGCGCCGUCUCGAGACUCGCCGGUCUCAUCGAGCUCAAGAGUGACAAUCCGCAAACCUCAUCUGGUCGGACAACUCCCGACGACUUCGACUCAGACUCUGAGAAGAAAGAUGUCGAAGCAUUUGCUGAGUCUCCCGUACCAUUGUCGGCUGAAGGUGGUGCAACAAUCGAGUUCCGCGAUGUCACAUUCGCGUACCCAGCUCGACCGAACGCCCCUGUCAUGCAGAACUGCUCACUCAUGAUCCGUCCCGGCAAAUUCUAUGCGUUGGUCGGCCCUUCUGGUGCGGGAAAAAGCACGAUUCUUGCACUGCUCGAGCGGUUUUAUACACCGGCGUCAGGCGAAAUUUUGCUAAAUGGCGUCGAUAUCUCACGACACCGCGACACAUCUUUCCGAGACGACAUCGCCUAUGUACCUCAAGACAAUGUAAUGUUCCAGGGCACUAUCAAGUUCAAUAUGUCUCUUGGGGCACGACCUGGAUACACACCGACGGAUGAGGAGAUCCACGAAGCCUGCAAGCUCGCCAACAUCCACGAGACCAUCAUGAGCCUUCCGCAAGGAUAUGAUACCGACUGUGGCGCCAACGGCAACCAACUAUCAGGCGGUCAGCGCCAACGCCUGUCCAUCGCGCGUGCGCUCGUGCGCAAGCCCAGGCUUCUUCUCCUCGAUGAAAGCACCAGCGCGCUCGACGCAGAGAGCGAGAAGGCGCUGGAACUCGGCCUUGAGCGCGCCGUCAAGGGUCAAGGUGUCACUGUCAUUGCGAUCGCGCAUCGCCUGCGGACUAUUGCCAAAGCGGACGUUAUCUUCCUAGUGGAUGGUGGCAAGGUUGUUGAUCAGGGACGACAUGAAGAGCUAGUGGAGAGGAGCGAGAGUUAUCGCGUCAAUGCGCUGCAUCAGAUGCUGGCGUGA